AGUUAUUCGGUUUCCCUCCACGGCGUUCAUCCAACGCUAACUCAUGUCUUCACUUCCCAAAUAAAACCCCCCAAACUCCCCUUUUCUGCAAAUUUCUCCUAAAUUCUACCCCUUUUUCUUCUCUCUUCAUACUUUUGAUACUUCUUUAUCAAUUCAGCUCUAAUGUCGAAUUUUACAUCUCUUACGAAUUUGGGUCAAAAUACAAAUCCAAAUAAGUCAUAUGAGGUGCCUCAACCACCAACUGAUUCUGUGUCAAGCCUUCAUUUUAGUCCCAAGGCUAAUCAUCUUAUUGCAACUUCAUGGGAUAAUCAGGUACGCUGUUGGGAGAUAAUGCAAAGUGGAACUAACAUUCACAGUGCACCGAAAGCAGCUAUAUCUCAUGAUCAGCCGGUUUUAUGCUCCGCUUGGAAGGAUGAUGGAACAACUGUGUUUUCAGGAGGCUGUGACAAACAGGUGAAGAUGUGGCCUUUGUUGUCUGGUGGGCAACCUGUUACUGUGGCUAUGCAUGAUGCGCCUAUUAAAGAUAUGGCCUGGAUUCCUGAGAUGAAUGUUUUGGUUACUGGGAGCUGGGACAAAACUCUUAGGUACUGGGACUUAAGGCAGCAAAAUCCGGUUCACACCCAACAACUCCCAGAGCGCUGCUUUUCAUUGACUGUGAGACAUCCUCUUAUGGUUGUUGGAACAGCGGAUAGAAAUAUCGUAGUGUUCAAUUUGCAGAACCCUCAGGCUGAAUUCAAAAGGAUAAUGUCUCCACUUAAAUACCAGACAAGGUGUCUUGCUGCAUUUCCUGAUAAGCAAGGAUUUUUGAUUGGAUCAAUCGAGGGACGAGUUGGAGUUCAUCAUCUGGAUGAUGCGCAACAAACCAAAAAUUUCACUUUCAAAUGUCAUAGAGACAACAAUGACAUUUAUUCUGUCAACUCUUUGAACUUCCACCCUGCACAUGGCACCUUUGCAACUGCAGGAUCUGAUGGUGCUUUUAAUUUUUGGGAUAAGGACAGUAAACAGAGACUGAAGGCGAUGUCGAGAUGCAAUCAACCAAUAUCUUGCAGUGCCUUCAACAAUGAUGGAUCCAUAUUUGCAUACUCGUCAUGUUAUGACUGGAGUAAAGGUGCCGAGAACCAUAACCCAGCAACUGCAAAGUCCUACAUAUUUUUACACUUACCACAGGAGGCUGAGGUGAAAGGGAAGCCUAGAGUGGGCAACACUAAUCGGCGAUGAAGGCUGGUGUUUGGAGCUCAUGCAAUUUUCCUGCAGUGUACAUGGCAAAUAGUUUGGAUAUAUUUGGCGUAGUCUGUUCGGAGUAGUACCUUUCUUCUUUUGAGUAGCUGAUGUUUGACCUCUUGGAAUAGCUUUCUAGCUUCUACUAGCUCCUGUUUAUAUGUUCUGUUGUCAAUAUUGGUCGAUGGUAUGAUAUACGGAGUACUUCUGUAUUCGGAUUUUAGUCAGCGAAAUAAACUUCCAAUUGCAUAAGGAAGACUUUAUCCCUA